AUGUCUGACUGGGCAGAACAUACACAUGCAGAUGGAAAGAAGUACUAUCAUAACAGACGAACUAAACAGUCUGUUUGGGAUAAGCCGGAAGAGUUGAGAUUGUUUGAACAACAACAACAUUAUCAACAACAACAACAACAUGCUGCACAGGCAUCGGCCACAUCAUCAUCUUCAUCUACAGUGCUGCCACCACAUUGGAAGGAGUAUUUACAUGCAGAGACAGGCAGGAAGUACUAUCACAACACUAUCACCAAUGAGACAUCAUGGGAGCUUCCUUCUACCAAUGCUGCACCAUCAUCCUCCUCAUCAGCGCCUUCAUCAGCAGCUGCAGCCCCGGCAGCGACAAAGGAGACAUCAUCUUCCUCAUCUUCAUCAUCAGUCUCGACAUCAUCACCUACACUCACCUCAUCACAAUCACAAUUACAAUCACAAUCGACAUCAUCACAGACACAGUCCACAUCUUCACCGACAUCAUUAUCAACAUCAAACAACAACAGCAAUAACAACAAUGAAUCAUCUAAACCAUCUGGAGACCCAAUCAAGAUGUUCAAGGACAUGUUACAACAGGCGGAUGUAGCCUCCAAUUGGUCAUUUGAGAAGGCACAUAAGCUCGUGGCGAACGACGAGCGAUAUCAUUUGCUAAAGACGAUGAGCGAGCGCAAACAGGCAUUCCAAGAGUAUCUGGGCGACAGGAAGGUGUUUGAAUAUGAGGAGAAGCGCAGAAAGGAGAAGAGAUGCCGCGAUGAGCUGGUCAGGAUGCUGCGCGAGUCACCCGAGGUCUCGCCCUCAAUGACUUGGCUGCGCGCUCAACUCUACUUUGAUGGCGACUCCAAAUGGGAGGCGGUCGAUUCGGAGCGAGAGCGUGAGGACCUCUUCCGCACCUACGUCAUGGACAUACAGAAGCGUGAGAAGGACGACCGCGACAACCUACGUCGCGAUACAAUGCGCAAUUUGAGAGCCAAGCUCGAAACCAACGACCUCAUCAAUUUGAAGACACUGUGGAGCAAGUUCAAGGAGCACUACGAGAAUGAUCCGCUCUAUCAACAGAUGGACAAAUACGAUGUGCUCUGUGUCUUUGAAUCGUAUAUACGCGAUCUCGAGAAGAAGGAGGAGGACACACAGCGCAAGGAGCGCGAAAGACUUAGACGCGAAGCGCGCAAGCACAGAGACCUAUUCCGCGACUUUAUGCUCGAGCAGUACAUGGCUGGAGAGCUGCAACCUACAACACAUUGGCAGCAGUUCUACAAGCGAUUUGGAACACAUCCAACAUUCGAGAACUUGGCCUCACAGACAACGGGCUCGUCGCCACUGGAGUUGUUCAUGGACUUCCGUGAGGAGAUGACCAUUCGCUUCGAGCGUGACUUUGAUCGACUGAGGGACAUGAUCAAGGACCUCAACUUCCAAUUCAUUCCCAAACAGACCACAUUGGAAGAGCUGAAGCAAGCUUUAUCCAAGCAUGAGCGAUUCUCAAUCUUAUCACAAUCAUCCAUUCCUCCAUUCCUCGAAUAUUUGGAGGACAGGGAAAAGAGAAGAGCAAAGGAUGUGGAAAAGAGGAAGAAGGACGCCAUUGGCAACUUUAAGGUGUUGCUUCAAGAGACUAGGAGUAUUGGCAAGCACUCGACUUGGUCUGAGGUGCGACCUACAUUGACGAGCAGGCCAGAGUUUGAGGAGUUGGAAGAUGAAUCUGAGCGCGAGCGUAUAUUCAAGGAGUUCAUAGAGUUCCUGUCGAACGAGGAGAGUGACGAAGAAGGAAUCAUUAAGAGCGAUGAUGAAAGCAAGUCGAGGCGAGAGUUCUCCAAGCUGGCUAAGCGUUCAUCUCUGUCAGCAGAGAACAUCGAUGACCAAAGAUCAAAGAAAAAGCGAAGAGAAUGA